CAGCUCUGGAGAAAUGGAAUUAAGGUCCAAGGAUGUUCACUGAUUAUUUAAAGAAAACAAAUGGAGCUAAAAUUCUACUACCUUCCAACCUGCAUGAAGAAACAUUGUUGAUGGAAAGAUUUUAUUAAAGAGACCCAAGUACCAUAAUGGUAAAAAGAUUCCUACAUGAUCUUAAGGCAUACAGGAACUGCAAAUUCUCUCAUUUGCAAUGUAUAUAGUGUCCUGUAAAAAAAUUUAAGAAAUUUACUAUUUGUACUGUUAUAUUUCAGUCAAUUUCAAGUCUAAUUUGACUUUUAAAAAAUUUUAAUUUCCUGUAAAGUAUACGUCUGUUUCCAUUCCAACCAAAAUGCUCACUAUGAACUUAGUUCAAAACAACCAAAAUUCUGUUUCUUUUGGCAUUACCAAACUGUGAGUAGUAGUACCUUUUCUGCAGAUAUUUUAAUCAUGGAAACUUAUUCUGCCUCAAUAUCACCUGUUAUAUGUAACGGCACAACUUUUAACCUAAAUGGAUCACAUCUGUGUAAUGAAAGCCUAUCUUCUAGAUUAGCUGAUAAAUCAGAACACCAACAAUAUGUUAUUGGUCUUUUCUUAUCGUGUCUUUACACAAUAUUUCUUUUUCCUAUUGGUUUUGUAGGAAACAUUCUGAUACUGGUUGUCAACAUAAGCUUUCGUGAGAAAAUGACUAUCCCAGACCUUUACUUCAUAAACCUUGCAGUAGCUGAUCUCAUUUUAGUUGCUGAUUCUCUCAUUGAAGUUUUUAAUCUUGAUGAAAAGUAUUACGAUAUCACUAUUAUUUGUACCUUUAUGUCUUUGUUCCUUCAGAUCAACAUGUAUAGCAGCAUUUUCUUUCUGACAUGGAUGAGUUUUGACAGAUACCUAGCACUGGCAAAAGUAAUGAGGUCCAACAUAUUUCGCACUAUGCAACACGCUAGAUUAAGCUGUGGUCUCAUAUGGAUGGCGUCUAUUUCUGCAGCACUAGUUCCAUUUACAGCUGUGCAUUUACAACACACCGGAGAGGUCUAUUUUUGUUUUGCAGAUGUAAAAGAAAUCCAGUGGCUAGAAAUAACCUUGGGGUUUAUUAUCCCCUUUGUGAUCAUCGGUCUUUGUUACUCAUUAAUUGUUCGAGUUCUUAUUAAAGCACACAAGCAUAGGAGUCUUCGUCUGCGGCGACAAAAGGCUCUUCGAAUGAUUUUUGUUGUUGUCUUGGUUUUCUUUAUCUGCUGGCUACCUGAAAAUGUCUUCAUCAGUGUUCAACUUCUUCAAAAGAAAAGCGAUCCUGUCUCUUCAAACAGCCCAUCCUUCAGACAUGAUUAUCCUUUAACAGGACAUAUUGUGAACCUAGCAGCUUUUUCUAAUAGCUGUUUGAACCCCUUAAUUUACAGUUUUCUAGGGGAAACCUUCAGAGACAAACUGCGACUGUAUAUUGAACAGAAAACAAAAAUGUCAACCUUACAUCGCUUCUGUCAGGCUGCCUUAACGUCUGUCAUUCCUGACAGCAAUGAGCAAUCAGAAGUCUGAUUUAG